GUAGAUUAUAUGAUUUACUAAGAUGAGCCCUUAUUUGAAGGUGGAACCUGGCCUAAAAAAUUGGGUUGACGAGGAGAACAUACAUGUCUCUUUAUUUUCGGGGCAAAAGGUUCUGCAAUCUAGAACUAGCAACAAGGAUAAUCCUUAUGAAAAGGAAGCAUUGCCAACUGAACAGACUACUUCCUCUGGAGGAGAUGAGGAUGUGGAAGUUAAUAUAACUGGGGGUGCAAAGUCUAGUGAGGCUUUGAUAAUGAGAGAUUCUUAUGAUGAUGUCACUGAGUCUUUCAGUUCUUUUAGUGAUUCCGGAUCUAGCACAGAGAAUACUUUACUAUUCAGUGAUGAUGAAGUGGUAUCACAUAUUUAUGCCAACAAUCCAUUCUCAUCCAUGUUUUAUCAAUAUUGUGAGCCAUCUCUAAAGAGGAGGAAGAAGUUGACAAGUCAUUGGAAGAGUUUCAUACGUCCUUUGAGGUGGCGUUGUAAGUGGAUAGAAUUACAACUGAAGAAACUUCGAUCUCAAGAACUUAAAUAUGAAAAAGAAAUUGCAGCAUAUGAUUAUAGAAGGCAGAUUAUGUCAGCAAAUUUCGCAUCAGAUGGAAUUGAUACCAAGUUAGCACCUCUAACUGGGGGAAUUUGUGGGAAAAAAGUAAUGAAGAGGAAGAAACGGAAGAGAGUUGAGGAGACAUGUAAUUUAGCCUCUUAUACAUCUGACCAUCGUGUGCUCUCAUAUUAUGAAGAAAAGUACUCUGCUAGUCAUGCUCCUUUGAAAAAAGCCAAUAGUUGUUUGAAUAAUGUCAAAGGAGUUGUUGAAGCACGGAAUCCUGAGAGUAAUGAAGAGAUCAAGUGUAAUGAUGACAUAUUCUCUCAUCUUGAGAAUGAUUUAUUGUCUUCUAUUGACCAUAAUGAUACUGAUAAGUUCUUGGUGAGCUUCUUUGAAAAGAUUGAAGCGGCACAAUCUGAAGUUCUCAAUUUGAAAACUCGUAUUGAUAAGAUUGUUAGUGAAAAUCAAGAGAAGUCCAAUCAUGUAAAUAAUUUGAACAUGCUAAGGCCAUCUGAUGACUUGAAUCUGUACAAUCCAAAUUCUUCUUCUCCUGACAGAAUCAAAAACACAUUUUCAGCUAGAAAUCAGUUCAUGGAAAAAACCAAAGAAUCAGUUAAAGUGCGGAAAUCAGUUUCCCCUCCGGACUUUGUUGCCAAGAAUAAUUCUGUGCCUAAUUUGCUGUCUAACAAUUUGAAAUUUUGGUCUGCUUCAAAAUCCAAUGUCUCUGGGAAGAAAAGGGGGAUGAGGAAGAAAUCUGGCUCAAAUUGGUGGACUGGAUCUAGUCUGGUUAAGCCAAAUUUGAAAAGAUAGUUAUCAAUCAAGAUUGCCAGAGAACAGGAAAUUUCAUUUAGAUGUUGACAACUGCUUCUGCCAAACG